UGCAUCAUGUCUGGUAGAGGCAAAGGUGGGAAAGGACUCGGGAAAGGAGGCGCCAAGCGUCACCGCAAAGUUUUGCGCGAUAACAUCCAGGGCAUUACCAAGCCCGCCAUCCGUCGUCUCGCUCGCCGCGGUGGAGUGAAGCGUAUUUCCGGUCUCAUCUACGAGGAGACUCGCGGUGUGUUGAAGGUGUUUCUGGAGAACGUGAUCCGUGACGCCGUCACCUACACCGAGCACGCGAAGAGAAAGACCGUCACCGCCAUGGACGUCGUGUACGCGCUGAAGCGACAGGGACGCACUCUGUACGGAUUCGGAGGUUAAACGCGUUUAUUCCGAAGUAAAACAUUUAAACCCAACGGUUCUUCUAAGAGCCACCCACUUUCUCACUCGAGGAGUUGAAUUUCAGAAGUUAUAUCAUAUUGAACGAAAUGCUCAUUAUCCCGGUGGUGUUUCGGAGAACUCGUACUUAAAUUUAUUCGAUUUAGCUUGUUGUGCUGCACACUUCUGGGGCUCGAAAAAACCCCUAACUUGUUUUAUUAACGUAAGCACGUGCAAUAGAUUGUGAAUAACGCAUAAAAUUGAUGUAUUGCUUUCUGUACGAAAUCUUUGAGGGACUGUGAUGACACGAUUACGCACUUAUUUCCUAGUGUAGAGUUAAUAAAGAAAUAAACGUUUUUUUAUCAAAUUCGAAAAAGAGCGGGGAGUGAAAACAAGGGAAAUGAUCGCUUGUGGGAGGGUCACCUUCAAACACCAGGCUGUGGGCGGGAAACGCUUUCAUUGGCUCUCUUUCCGACCCGUCAAACUAUGAGCGGACCAAUAGACACAAUUUUAUGGGUUUGGCCGACGAAGACACGCAAUCAGAGCACGCGCCCGUGUCGCACACAUUUGCAUGCUGGAGUGAAUAAAUACCCCUGCGCGGUGGCUUGCUGGUACUUUUCUUCUU